UAUAUUUAAUAUUUAUUGUUAAAUAAAUGGGUGCUUAUUAUGGUUGUAUUGUACCUAUAAUAUACCUGAAACUAAUAUAGGCUUACCAAAUUAUUCAGAAUAAUCUGAAUUAUUACACAGUGAAUUAAAACCCACAAUUUGUACCUGAGAUUUUCUGUUUCUGCUAGGCAUGCAUGCGUGAUAAAUGACAACAUUGCAUUAUAUAUCUCUGCAAAACUGGUGCAUAAUUGUAUUAUCUGAGCAGGUUUAGUCUUUGCUUCCACGAGGAGUAUGUCGCCGCGUGCGGGGGCACGCCCCUGAGCACGAGAGAUAAAUGGUAAGAUCCUCUAGCUAGUGAGUUACAAGUUACGGUCAUCCUCAGCUCGCGCAUGACACGUUUCAACUCUGAAGGCAGUUGCGUUAUCUCCAGGUCCAUUUAGAGAACCACUACAUCGAGUCUCCUCAGUCGUAGUUUUCUCCACUACAUCCUCAUCCUCCAGCUCAACAUGUCCACCGGCUCCAUCAGCGAUGUGGAUGAAUUUCACGAGUCUGAGCUGCUGGAUGGUCUUUUGAAAUUCGGUUCAGGUAAAGACCCGGGGACAUCAAACGAGAGCACGGAGGACAGCUCCAACUGCGAAGGGGCAUCGAUUACAGAAUGUACGGGAAAGAGACGCAAAUCAGCCGCCAUGCGCAAAUCAGCGCCCAAUGGUGUGGCCCAAGAGGGCAAGCAGGUCCAGAGGAACGCGGCGAACGCGCGCGAGAGAGCGAGGAUGCGCGUACUGAGCAAAGCCUUUUCCCGGUUGAAGACGACUUUACCGUGGGUUCCACCGGACACCAAACUCUCCAAGCUGGACACCCUGCGACUGGCCUCCAGCUACAUCGCGCACCUGCGACAGAUACUCGCCAAUGACAAAUACGAGAAUGGUUACAUACAUCCGGUCAACCUGACGUGGCCGUUUAUGGUGGCGGGAAAACCAGAAAAUGAACUUAAAGAAAUGCUGAAUUCAACACGUUUAUGUGGGACUACAGCUUCCUGAGACACCAGAUGGACUUAAAACAUGGACCUAUUUUAAAUAUUUUAGUUAAAAAAGAAUAACAUGUCAUCUCCUAUCCAAACACACGAGUGGGAAUAACUGGGGACAACAUCCUCACUCGCAUUCCUGUAAAGAGAAAUUGAUAUCUAUUUAAAUAUUCACACUUAGGCCUUGCGGGUUCAAGGCAACGAUGUGUGAUUUUUAUUCAGCUGUUUUCAUAAAAAUUAUGUCAUCACUUUUUUUUAUAAAAAAAAAACAAACAAACAAAAAAAACACAACAAAUCAUUAUACACACAGGGCUUUGUUGAUAUGGCGCGCGACAUCACGUGCCUUUGCUGUUGCCAUUAGAAUAAUUGUAAAUAAAAAAUACUGAUGUUAUAGUUUCAAACGA